AUGUCAUCAUCACCCACUCACUCUCAAGGUGCAGGUGCGAAUGAUACUCAUACCAGAAAGUCGUCAAUCUCUUUCAGAGCCCCUCAUCUUUCAGAGUUUUACAAAUUUGUAUCUGGGUCAAGCCAUCAGAGAAAUAAUUCGCUUGAUGGUCAAAAAAGCAUUACUCUGAGACCUGAUAGUUCUGUGAACUUCCCUUAUGGAAAGCAAGCAUCCGCAAGAAGUUUGGAUAAACGGAGACUUUCCACAUCAACUAUCGGAACCGAUAUAUCUCUAACGCCCUCCAUUCUUGAUUUGCCGACUAUUAUAUCAAGCAAAGACAGGGUAGAGUAUGAGGAGGCCCUUAAUCUGUUGCAUACCGCCUCCCAAAAAUAUUCGAACGCGUUGUCGACUGUGUCAUCCGCAGCUUCGGAGUUUGGCAUGGCCUUGGAGAAUUUGGCUCGUCUCAAAGGUAGCGACUCACAAUCUAACAAUCUAAUGGCGUGCUCUGGUCUAUUUUUCCUCAUAUCCAAUCAUCAACAAGUAUUGUCUUCGGCGAUUGACAAGAAUUUUAAAAGCCCUGUGGGGUCUGUUAUCAAAUGUUUCAAGAAAAGAACCGUGCGCAACGAUGUGAUUUUCAACGAACAGCUAAAAUCACAAGUUAGAAGUUUGAAGAAUUUGGAAAGUGUCAGCUAUAAAAUUUCAAAAUCAAAAAAGAGAAACUUGGUCACUUAUAAAGAAACGCUCAAACGGAUAAAUAGUCAAAUUGAUUCUAUUGAUUCUUUAAAGUAUAACUAUUACGACUCAUUGUCCAAAUUGAUACAGGAUAGCAAUGAUAGAAUCAUAAGGGAUUGUUGCACUGUUGCAAAAGCAGAGUUUGAGAUUCAUGAGAAUAUUGCCAGAAAAGGUUGGACUGGAGGCGGAAUGGAUGAAUUGCUCGUGGACUGUCCCGAUCCUUUUGGUGAAGAAACUGAAACGGAAUCAAUGAUCGAAGAAGAUGAUGAUGAUGACAAUAAUGGAUUGAGAUCUACAGAAUUAUACAACAACACCAAGAAUUUGAGAAUUGAUGACCUAGGAUCUUCUUCAAUGCUAUCGUCACCCCAACCACACGCAAUUCCUUCUCCAAAUCCAAACGAAAAUCCCUUCUAUACCAAAAUCUCUUCAAAAAACCCUCGGGUGAAACAACAACUCAUCAAUACAAGAGACGCCAUAACUAUUCAUAAUGACAUGUUUUCUCCGAUUUCAAUGAGCGCAGCUUCUCAGAAUUUGAUUUCCCCACUUUCUCACAAAUCGUUUGGCUCAGAAUUAGGAAGUCGUCAUAACUCGAAUGACAACAGGUCAACCCAUACCUUAACUGAAUACAAGAAAAUCACUAAUGAAGAUAAUAAGGACGAUACGCCCCUAGAUUCAGGUGGAUCAUUUGAGCCGCUGGUUGCAAACCACAAUUCAGUAAAAGAAACUGUCGGUUCUGAAUAUGAAGUUGCCAAUCACGAUGAUAAUAAUUAUGAUGAUGAGGACGGUGAUGAUAAUUCCUUUUCUUUGCCAUUGCCUAGUAGCCAUAUCAGCAAUUCACAUUCAUCAUCAGAUAUUCUACCAAACCAGUCGCUCUUGAAUAACGCAUGGGAUGAUUAG